AUGGAUCCACUGAACCUGUCCUGGUAUGAUGAUGAUCUGGAGAGGCAGAACUGGAGCCGGCCCUUCAAUGGGUCAGAAGGAAAGGCGGACAGGCCCCAGUACAACUACUAUGCCAUGCUGCUUACCCUUCUCAUCUUUAUCAUCGUCUUUGGCAAUGUGCUGGUGUGCAUGGCUGUAUCCCGAGAGAAGGCUUUGCAGACCACCACCAACUACCUGAUAGUCAGCCUUGCUGUGGCUGAUCUUCUGGUAGCCACGCUGGUCAUGCCUUGGGUCGUCUACCUUGAGGUGGUAGGCGAGUGGAAAUUCAGCAGGAUUCACUGUGACAUCUUUGUCACUCUGGAUGUCAUGAUGUGCACAGCCAGCAUCCUGAACCUGUGUGCCAUCAGCAUUGACAGGUACACAGCUGUGGCCAUGCCCAUGCUGUACAACACACGCUAUAGCUCCAAGCGCCGAGUCACUGUCAUGAUCGCCAUUGUCUGGGUCCUGUCCUUCACCAUCUCCUGCCCACUGCUCUUCGGACUCAACAACACAGACCAGAAUGAGUGUAUCAUCGCCAACCCUGCCUUCGUGGUCUACUCCUCCAUCGUCUCAUUCUACGUGCCCUUCAUCGUUACCCUGCUGGUCUAUAUCAAAAUCUACAUCGUCCUUCGCAAGCGCCGCAAGCGGGUCAACACCAAGCGCAGCAGCCGAGCUUUCAGAGCCAACCUGAAGACCCCACUCAAGGGCAACUGUACACACCCUGAGGACAUGAAACUCUGCACCGUUAUCAUGAAGUCUAAUGGGAGUUUCCCAGUGAACAGGCGGAGAAUGGACGCUGCCCGCCGAGCUCAGGAGCUGGAGAUGGAGAUGCUGUCAAGCACCAGUCCACCAGAGAGGACUCGGUAUAGCCCCAUCCCUCCCAGUCACCACCAGCUAACUCUCCCUGAUCCAUCCCAUCACGGCCUCCAUAGCAACCCUGACAGUCCUGCCAAGCCAGAGAAGAAUGGGCAUGCCAAGAUUGCCAACCCCAAGAUUGCCAAGUUCUUUGAGAUCCAGACCAUGCCCAAUGGCAAAACCCGGACCUCCCUUAAGACAAUAAGCCGCAGGAAGCUCUCUCAGCAGAAGGAGAAGAAAGCCACUCAGAUGCUUGCCAUUGUUCUUGGUGUGUUCAUCAUCUGCUGGCUGCCCUUCUUCAUCACGCACAUCCUGAACAUACACUGUGACUGCAACAUCCCGCCAGUCCUCUACAGCGCCUUCACGUGGCUGGGCUAUGUCAACAGUGCUGUGAACCCUAUCAUCUACACCACCUUCAACAUCGAGUUCCGCAAGGCCUUCAUGAAGAUCCUGCACUGCUGA